AAAUACCCAUCUUUAUCCACACCCACACUGUCACCUUUCCGUUCAUUUCCUCUGUUUUUUCUUCAAAUCCAUUGUUUCGUGGAAAUCCCGAAAUUUAACCAUGCUUCUCCGAACCGCCGCCUCCGCCGCUUCUGCUUCGUCCCUCUCCCUCUUCAGCCCUACCUCCGAACCUCUCCGUUCGGUUCCCGCUCGUGGAUUGGUGGUUCGCGCCGCGAAAGGAUCCACGAACCACCGCGCCCUAACCGGCGUGAUCUUUGAACCGUUCGAAGAGGUGAAGAAGGAGCUCGAUCUCGUUCCCACCGUUCCACAAGCUUCUCUCGCCCGCCAAAAAUACGUUGACGAAUCCGAAGCCGCCGUUAACGAACAAAUCAAUGUGGAGUAUAACGUUUCCUACGUUUACCAUGCUAUGUUUGCGUACUUUGAUAGGGACAACGUUGCGCUGAGAGGUCUUGCUAAGUUUUUUAAGGAAUCGAGUGAAGAAGAAAGAGAGCAUGCUGAGAAAUUGAUGGAGUAUCAGAACAAACGUGGUGGAAGAGUGAAGUUGCAGUCAAUUGUGAUGCCGCUUUCUGAGUUUGAUCAUGCAGAUAAGGGAGAUGCGCUGCACGCAAUGGAACUCGCUCUCUCAUUAGAGAAGCUAACGAACGAAAAGCUCCUUAACUUGCACAGUGUUGCCACAAAAAAUGGUGACGUGCAGUUGGCUGACUUUGUGGAAACUGAGUAUCUGGGUGAACAGGUGGAAGCAAUCAAAAGAAUAUCCGAGUAUGUUGCUCAGCUCAGAAGAGUUGGCAAAGGACAUGGUGUUUGGCACUUUGAUCAGAUACUCCUCCACGAGGGAGGAGAUGCAGCCUGAUGAUUACUAUAUUACCUCCCCCCCCCCCCCCCACCCCACAAGUAUUUUGUAUCUUGCUCAUUUAGGUGGCUGCUUGAAGGUGGAUCUGAACUAAAUGAAUGAAUGAAAUAAAUGUGGCCUGGUUUCGGUCCUUUCGGAGAUUAUUUACUACUUGAUCAAUUGAUUUUUUUUCAUAAAAAGAAAAUAAGACUUGAAUCU